CCGAGACCUAUGCCAAUGGUCAUGGACGACGCGCGCAGAACAGAAGCGUCGUCCGCACGACGAGACCGCCGCCUCAAGACCUCGUCCCCUUACGCGCGCCCGGCGAAGAAGCCCCAGAAGACUUCGGGCUGGGGGGGAUUUGGCAACAUCAUACGAAAUCUGUUCGGGCGCUCCACUCAAGAUGAGGAGGAUAGCGCGAUGGACGAGACCCAGGACCAGCAGGAAGAGGCUGCCCACGAAUUUAUUCCCCAGAAACCUGCGAACAACGCGGCGCACUCUUUGUCGCAGCGCGGCCAUCAGAUGACCAGCCAACUUGCGACGAACGGUCGCGCCACUGAACACGAGGGCCCACGCUUCGCAAGGCCCACCGAUCCCCUCCCACCGCCACCUUCUAGGCAAGCGGCGACCUCACCUACGAGCAGCACCUUCUCCGACACGGCAGACGACGAUCUUACGAAAGUGAAGACAUUCUUGCGCGAAAAGCAGGGCCAGCCCAUGUCCGAAAUCGAGACAGAGGGCAUCAUCGCCGUCCUUGCCAGAAACGCCCCUCCCAAGGAAGCCCCCUUCCGCUUCUCAACCUCUCCAGGUUCAACACCCGGCCGCGGGAACUCUCCCUUCAACUUCUCGACCGGGUCGUCGGCAGGCGCGAACGGGGAAAGGAGCACUACGCCUCGCAAGCCUCUCACGCGAAAUCCUAAUGGGCCGUACCGCUGGGAGGGCGGCGGGUCUGCUAAACCACGCACACGUAAUCGCUACCAGUCGCCCGCGUUCGGCGCGUCACGAUCGACGCCCGAGCACAUCGUUCUGAAGGACCCAUCACCCGCGGAGGCUCCGAAGCGCGAAUAUGGCAAGCGUAGGCGGGUCAGUGACGAAGGGCAGUCGACCUUUCCUACCGCCAGCAGCAGCGCGAAUGGCUUCAACUUCAAGACGCCUGCGAAAAACCCGCCACCGCGUUCGCCUGGUCCUGCGCCGACGCCCGGACGUGCUGCACUCGGUCAGAAUCUGUCUAUCCAGACACCCGGCCCGUCCAAGUCUGCUGAGGGCAAGAACGGCAUGGCUUCGUCGUCUUCCUCCAACAACCUCUUGUCGCCCUCCGCAGCACGCACACCGAAGAAGCCUAGCUUCCCCGCAGUACCCUCGCCGCUCAGGCAGACCUGGAACGGCGACGACUCGUCCAGCGAGGGCGGCUCGCCGCGCCAGAAGUCGAAGGCCGCGGGGAUGAUGGAGGACCUGAUCAAGGAGGUGACACCCCCGCAGCGCAAGGCUGAGAUCGUCAACCCGUACCAGUUAGCGGUGCCCGGGGGAAAGCCAAUGAGCAGGCCGAAGCGGGCGCGUGCAAAACCGGCGAAAGCCGCUAAGGACACGAGGACUGAGAAGGAGGAGGCGGACAAGGGGAAGGGCAAGGAUAAGGCGAAGCCCGACCUCCCGCAGACAGCCAUUGAGCUCACUCUACCCGCUGGAAGCAAGCGCUCGCGUCCACCACCACACUUAGCUUCUUCGCAUGCGCCGCCUGAGCCUACGGAACCCAUCAUCGAGGAACCGUCCGAUGAGGAUGACGCUCCAGCUGCGAAGCGCCAGAAGGGCACCGCGACGGCCACCAACGGCGACAUCGACAUCACAGAGGUCGAUGAGGACAUGCCCGUUCCUCCGUCUCCCAAGCCGGCGGCGGCGCAGCUUCCCGCGAAGCGCCCAUCUGCUUUUGGGAACGGCAACGUCAAGCAGAAGGUCACAUCUGCGCCGAAGGAGCCGUCGAAGCUGCGCUUCAGCAUCCAGCCUGAGGCGACGACGAACGCGAAGGAGGACGAGGCGCCUGCGGCGAGCGAUCCCAAGGCUGAUGCGCCCAAGACGGGCUCCUUCACCUUCGGUGCACCUGCUGCGUCUGGGAAGCCCACGCUGGCCGGGUUUGGAUUUCCGUCGACGCGUGCAGAUACGGCGAAGGCGCCGGCCUCUGCUUUUGGGAAGCCUGCAGCCGAGACGCUGUCGCCCUUCACCUUCGGUCAGCCCGCGCCAGCUGAACCUCCCAAGGCGACCCCGACGUUCACCUUCGGCAAGCCUCAGGAGGCCCCGAAGGCACUGGACAAGCCGCAGAUCGAGGCACCUAAACCUGCUGAGCCUCAGGCCAACAAGCCUGAUGUCUCCAUGGCCGGGCCUAGCGACACCUCUGCUCCUCAGACUGUUGACGAGGCCAAGGCUGCCGCUCGCGCUGCGCCCGUCGACACCCUACCCAAGUACACGUUUCCGAAGCUGCCGCUCACGACGUCGAGCGGGGCCGACGCGACGCUAUGUGCAGAAGCGAAGGCGGUGCCGCGCGACUCGCUGCCCAAGUUCGACUUCAGCGCCACCGCGGUGAAGGCGAAUGCGGAUGCCGCAGCGAAGGCGGGGCCGUCUACGCCCAGCCCCGCUGCGCCGACGUCUGCGUCGGGCGGCUUCAACUGGGCGGCAGCCGGAUUGAAGAAGCCGGAGGUCGCGGGGUGGACGUGCUCGACAUGUAUGUUGCCGAAUAAGGGCGAGGUGUUGAAGUGCGUGGCUUGUGACGAGCCGAAGCCCGGCGCGGAUGGGGCUGCGAAGCCGGCGGGCGGGUUCAACUGGGCUGCAGCGGGAAUGAAGAAGCCGGAGCCCAUGGGGUGGACGUGCUCAACAUGCAUGUUGCCGAAUAAGGGCGACGCGACGCAGUGCGUGGCCUGCGAGGCGCCGAAGCCAUGACGAGGGCGAGCGGUAUAGGGAUCUUGUGUGUGCGACGCGUCACUCGCCUUCGUGCGUGCGUGAUGGUCUGCCAGGUGCACUUACGCUGGCCCACCGGCGACCCCUUCUCUAUGCGCUAUGUUAUGCAGAAAGUUAUCGUAGGUUAUGUUGCAAUUGUCCUGUCUUGCUUCUCAUACAAAACGUCCGCUGCUCAUAUGAAGAUACGCUGACUCUUCCUGCAUUUUACGCACGUACGCUUGCUCCUGUUAGUGCACUACACGAUGUAUGCUUGCGAUCCGGAUAGAUACCACUCGAUAAUGCCAUGCCAUAGGGUCUGUAA